AUGGCGAGCACUGGGAUUUCUCACAUCGGGACGGUGAAAUCCAAAUUGACCGUUCGAACCAUGAAAGAGGAGUUCUUUUUUGUUCAUUCCUCUGCUUUCUCCGGCCCAAUAGCAUACGACGCUACUGCUGACAAGGUUGUCGACCCCAUCCCGGAACUAUCACCCGACGAGCAGUUGAUAAUGGAAAGGUUAUCGGACAAUUUUGUUCGAUGGGUGGACCCUGAUGAAGCGAUACUUGGUAUGGCUGGUGUGAGUCCUCAUUGGAACCGUUUGGGUAAGAAGCUAGUAGAGGUGUUUGAGGGAAAAAACGUAACACUUCUUGACCGACUCCAUCAAAAGAAAUUUGUGAACACCACCCUAGUGACGGAGUAG